AAUUUGUUGCCUGUUGUGCAACUUCUCUUACUAUAUAUACACUCGUUAUCCUAAGAAAUGUAUGUAGGCCAACAAUUUACUUCAAAUUAAUUUCUAUCAACAUCAAUAUAAGCAUACAAACGAGUACAUAAUUUUCAAAAAAAAAGAAUGCAUUUCUCUUCAUUAUUGAUAUUGUUAUUAUUGAUUAAAGUAUAUGAUUGCGGUUCAAUUAUGAAAAGGACAGAGGUACAAGAUUAUAGCUGUGUAACAUGUAUUAACCAAACACAUGUUAAGCAUGGAUAUUGCAGAGCAAAAAAUAGAAUUUGCCCAAGUCGUAUUUUGCCCAACGAUAAGGUUGUUGGACAUAAAGACUGUCCACAAGGAGAAUAUUAUUGCUGCUAUCAAAGAUACUUAGACCCAUCUCUGCUUCCUGAAAAAGGUCGUUCUACCGGACAUAAACAACCAUAUCCAAAAGACUUUUGCAAAUCCUACACCGGAAAAAAUGCCUAGGACCCGUAUACCAGGAAUUGACUAGGGUUUCUAGUUACGAGAGGAACCCACUAUAGAAUCCUAGUCAAAGUAAUAAAAUUCAAGCAUAGUUAAAGUGACCAGGAAAAUAAAGUCAAAUUGACUACGAAAAUAAUAUGUAUUAGAUUUACACUGUGUAUCAUAAUUAUUUGAAAUUGCUAAUCAAAUUCUUAUUGUCAAAUAAAAGAGAAAAACUUAUUAAAAGAAAAAAAAAAUUAAUUACUGUA